UCUAAUCUCUUAUCUAAUCCCCCAUUGCCACUAUGACCAAAGACCGGUCUUUGGGAGACAAGGAAUAGAAAACAGAGCGAGGAGCACGCUUUUCUAAGUCAAGCCCCCCUCUAAUUUACGAGCGAGCCAAAGCCUUCCAUCCGAACGCGUUAUCUCCCGCUCACUUCCGCGUUUAUAAGCCACGCCCUUGGUUCAUUCGCCUCCCCAUCACUCUACCAGCAAACGCUCCUUCCUCUCUGCUUCUCUUGCCUACUAACUCAAAUUAAAAACAGGGGAAGUUUUGAGAUUCCCCAUCGAGGUUCUCUUCUUAAGAGAGCGCGGUUGAUGGUAAUACUCCUAGUGGAUCCAAACAACGCCAUCUGUUGUUGCUCUGGAUUUCUUUUCUCCUAUAACCACUGCCAAAGAUAGCUUCUUUUUGGUUUGAACACCAUUCCUCUGCUUUCCAUACUUCCUGGUUCUAUUUUUUUUCUAGCUUUAUCUAAUACCUUUUCCACUUAUUUUAUCCAAAUUUUGCUUCUUUCUAGUUUCGAAAGUACUCUUAUUACUACUUAUUAGUGUAUCUGUGCAAUUUUCUACUAUUCUCCUCCCAAUUCAGCUGGCUCCUGCACUACCACUGCUCUUCUUGUGCAGUAAUCUUCACUCGCAUCCAAUAUAAAUACGAUCCUUUAGUCAUAUUAUUUUAAGACUAGGUACACGAGGAAGACGUUACUUCAUAGCCAUUGCUUUACUCUAAUUCAGAACAUAAUUCCAAUCUCCCACGCAUUUGCUCUGCGUUCUUUGCCUGGUGCCUUUUUGUACUCCCAGUGUUUCUUCUUCAGCACUUACUAGAGGCCAGAAUGGAGAAUGGAGCAGGGAGUGAUCGAAGUCUGCUAGUUGCUGAACUGACUCAAAUUCGGGAGCUAGCGAGGCAAAUGGAGGCGCAUCUCGAUCAGCCCUGUCCGAUCGAAUUCUGCAAACCUUUAGCAGAAAAGAUACUGUCUUCCAUUGACAAGUCCAUUUGUAUGGCCAAAAAGAGUGAUUCAGAGGGCCAGCAGCAGCAGCAGCAGCUUGCCGGCACUGAUUCCCCACGCUCUGCCACCGAGAGCCCGCACAGCGAGAAUUCCAAUCAAGCCUUCAGGGAUUAUGACCGCAAAGAGAUGUCCAAGAAGAGGAAGACACUGCCAAGGUGGACAAGCCAGAUCAAGGUGUGCCCAGGGGAAGGAGUUGAAGGGCCUUUGGACGAUGGCCAUAGCUGGAGGAAAUAUGGGCAGAAAGAUAUACUUGGAGCCACAUAUCCAAGAGGCUACUACAGAUGCACACAUCGCAACACUCAGGGCUGCCUAGCAACAAAACAAGUGCAGAGAUCCGAUGAGAACCCGUCGGUCUUUGAUGUCACCUACCAUGGGACUCACACAUGCCACCAGAGGUCCCAAUCAGUCCCAAAAUCAGCAUCCCGGGAACGAGAGCUGAAACAAAACAAACCUAAUUCCCAGGAGCAUUCCCAGCAGCAGCAGGACCAAAACCUGCUUCUAACCUUCCAAAGAGACCUCAAAGUAAUAACCCAAGGCUUGGGCUCGGAAGCUCAGGACAAGAGCUCUUUAUCCUUCUCCUUCCCCUCCACUCCAGUCAGUGGCGUAAAGGCUGAGGACCUUUUCUUUUCCUCCCCUUCAGCACUGGAUAAUGGUUUCACGGGCAGCUUCUCUCCAUCAUUCCUCUCGCAAACAUCAGCGUCCAACUAUUUCUCAGUAUCCCCUUGCAGAAUGAGUUACCAUGGUGGGGGGUUCAAUCUUCAGACAGCCGAGUCCGACCUCAUUGAAAUAAUGUCUGCUGCAACCUCAGACACAAAUUCUCCUCUGAUGGACUUGGAUUUCAUGCUUGAACCAGUGGAGUUCGAUCCAAAAUUUCAACUUGAUGUUUCCAGCUUCUUCUCAUAAGGCUCCAAGAGAGAAUACAAUGGACAUAGGUUAUUAGAUACGUCCUUAGCCUGAAAUCCUGGCUACCAAAGGAGGAAGUGCCAGAAGUAGCUCAGCCUGCAGUAAGUCACCUCCAUCAGGGGCCAAGUGAUUUUAUUUUCUGGCUAAUGUAGUAGAAAUAGAAGAACUCUUUCUUUCUGUCUCUCUUUUUUGGAUUCUGUAGCUGUGGCUGUUAUUACUUUAAUUAAUGAAGAUCAAUAAAGCUCCUUUGAUCAUAAAUUCAGCA